AGUACCGCCUUGGCUUUUCACGCCCCACGAUAGGUUAGCGCGCGCGUCUGUGGGGCUUCUCAUGGGCUAAACACACUGUCAUUAUCUCAGCCCUGAAAACUUGCAUGCAAAAGGAAAUCUCGUGGAAAGUGUCUGUUCUACAACACAACUUCCUCGGAAAACGCCCCUCACAUGUGAUCAUAGUCAAGUGACAUCCAAAUCAGUGAACCUCCAAACAAAUAAAAUCUCUCCCAAUACACUCCGUGUUUUAUCUAUCUCCCAAUACAUUGCGUUCUCUCAGUAUGUGAUUCUUUAUUGAUAUUAUUUGUGUUACAAAGGUGCUCUGAUCUUUUGAAGUGUGCUACAAACUGAAUUAUUAAUAGAUAUGUAAAAAAUUGAAGUUUCCAUAGGAGUGGUGCACUAUAGUGAGAGUUCUGUGCUGUAGAAAAUAUGAGUAAUUAUGAAGAAAUGAUGCUCUACAGAGACUGGAUGAAGGUGGUUGUCGUCGUCUUCUUCUGGCUGUGUACGGCUAAUAGUCAAGGCCAGCAAGGGGCUUCAGUGACGGAAGCAACAGGCAACGAGCUAGAAGCCAGUUUCCCCCCCGCCCUACCACCACAAUUCGCUACCGAAAAUUCAACGCUAAUCACUGCGCAGACUGGCAGCACGGCGCUUAUACCCUGUUUAGUUCAUGGUAUUGGAGAUGGAGUGGUAUCAUGGAUCAGGAGAAAAGACUAUCACUUGCUAACUGUUGGCCUGACCACUUAUACAGGAGAUGAAAGAUAUCAAGCAGUGCAUCUCCACAAUUCUGAAGACUGGACGCUUCAGAUAAAAUUCGUUCAAGAGAGAGACGCAGGCAUCUAUGAGUGCCAAGUAUCAUCACAUCCACCCUCCAGUAUAUUCUUACAUCUCGAUGUAGUAGAAGCUCGUGCCGAAAUAGCAGGGCCUCGCGAGAAGUACCUGAAGCUGGGCAGUGUGCUUCGACUGGUAUGCACACUGCGGCAAUCGCCGGACACGCCUAUCUACAUGUUCUGGUACCACAACAACCGCAUGGUCAACUAUGACCUUGACCGCGGGGUGAAUGUGACUGCCCAGCUGCCCAACAAGAGCAGCACCCUGUUGGUCACCCAAGCCGCCCCCCACCACUCGGGCAACUACAGCUGUGUGCCCUCCAAUGCACAGCCGGCCAGUACUGUCGUGCACAUAUUGAAUGGUGAAAAUCCAGCGGCGAUGCAGACGGGCGGCCGCGACCUGACCUGGCUUCGGAGUCCCUCCCUAUGGCUGCUACUCGCCUGUCAGACCAGUCUGCUCCACUCGUAGCCUGCCUUCCACCUGUCUGCACUGCAACUGCUCAACUAAGCCAGCAACAGCAUCUUGCAACAACAGUGGUCUGGUCAAGUGUCAUCAACUCAGCCAAUUCAAAACCACAGCCUUCGACAUCACAACAACAUUGACAUCAUGCUGUGGCGGCAUUGGUGGAAUGUCAUCAACCCGGCAAAUAUAGAAGAAAAUCGAGUCAAGAACGGAUCCUGCAACAUUGUAUCAUCACACUGUGUCAUUUUAAAUCAGUGAUUGGUAUUUUGUGAAUUGGUGAUGUAUUGAUGAAGUUGUAAUUGCAUUGUGACAGAAUUGGUGUGUUAUAGAUGAAGAGUGCUAAUCAAUGUGAAAUUCACUGUCAUACUAGCAUCAGACACCAUGUGUUGUCAUGAGAACAGAAUGGGUCUUCAACCAUGCCAAUCUGAGAGUCAUAAUGUCACAGUUUGUCAUACGCAUAGAGCACAUGCCAAUUGCAAACAGUCCAAGUUGGAAGAGUUGGAUCAAAUUAAACACGUUUCGAGAUCAGAAAAUGAUACUCCUGGAGGUAUAGGAGAACCCAUCGUGAGGGACAAACCUUAUUGCAUGGCCAAAGUAGGAUCAAAAAGUUAAAAUAAAAUAGAGGAAUUAACAAGAAGAUAAUAAUAGGGAAAUAACCAAGAAGAUACAGGAGAUGGAGGGAAAUAGUGGGUGAUGCAGAGCUUUGCAGGAGAUGAGGUUAUGAAUGAACACAUCUGGAAUGAUAAAUUUAUGUGUUUCAAAGUGGAUCUCCAUCUUUGCUGGAUUUCUAACUUCAAUGCACGAUUUGGAAUACGUUGAGUAUAGUGAAGUCGAAUUUACCAAGGAAUAUUACAUCGACAACAUGGAAUAUGAGUACUAAUAUUUAAUGGAUUAUAUUCAAAUAUAA